UCCUUCUUCAUUCUGGGAGGAUGGUGCAUGAGGUGUUUUCCUUCUCCUUUCAAAGCCACUGCUCUGAAAAAUGGGCCUGAGCUCUUCCAAGGCACACCCCAAGGUGACCAAGGUGGCACCAAUGAGCACCAGGGAGGACCUGCCCGCUCUCACCACCCCGUAUCGACUCCCCAGCAUGUCAGGAGCGCUCAGCCUGCACCCACCGGCCGCAGCGGAGCGGGGAAAACCCAUGUUUCACCUGCAACUUCCACCUCUCCGGGAAACCUGGUACGGGAGAGCCUCUGCAGGGCCCCUUUCUUUCAACACCGUGCCAGAAAAGGGAGAAACCAGCAUCAUUAAACAGCACCCACCUCGAAGACCUCAAAGGCUUGAACCUGCUGGCCUUCCACAAGCAAUUACUCCUACAAAGCCCUGGAGUCAGCAAGAAGUGGCUGCAACCCCAAAAAUGAAGGCUCUGGAGAAGAGGGGGCAAAGCCUGAGACACCUCCCUGGCAGGCGGCAGCACUUGCACAAGCUGCAGAUGCUGGAUUUGACCCGCAGGCGCCGAGAGGCAGAGCUGAAGCGAAAUCUCCACAGGGAGGCAAAAAUCAAUAAACAAAAAAUCAAGGAAUUCAGCCCGAAGAAAGUCCUUGACACUCUCCAGAGAGGCGACAGCGCCGAAAGCCAAGACCUCGUCCCUGCUGAGCACAAUCAGCGUUUUCAUGGAGACGACCGUGGAAACACGUGGGGUGGAGGACUCUCCAGGCAGCAUGAUGGGGCUGAACUUUCUCCAGGCAAGAGCAGGAAGGUUGACCUGUGGUUCUGCAAGGAGUCACGGACAAGGGAUCUGUUCUGGGACACCUCCAGCACGGGCUCUGAGGAGUGGGAUAGGGAAGAGAAGAAGAUUUACCGCAAACCUACUCUUGUGAGAACCAAGACGGAGAGAGUUUCUCUCUUUGAUGACUUCUUUGAUAAGGAUUUCUAGUGUCAUGGGUUGGGAUGAGAGGGAUGUGCCAAAGAAACAAGCCCCACGUCUGGUGGGGCUGGAUGGAUGGACUGAGGGUGGAGACACGAUGUCCGCAGUAAGUGGUGUUUCUGGGAGUAUGGGCCAGUGGAAAGGACAGCUGGAAAUGAGGAGAUCGCUGAUGUGGAGUGAAUAACGACUGCCUGGGUCAUGUGGCUGAAUCAAAAUAUCUGGGGGAAAAAUAACUUGGACAAUGAAGUAGGGGGAGAGGGAGGAGGAGGAGGCUGGCAAAAAAGCCAAGCAGAAGCUGGAAAAUAUUCUGGGUUAACCUCAAAUAUUAAGUUCUAACUGAAAUGAAAUAUUUCGCUUGUCUUUGGAUUACUCAGCCUUUCUGUUUAACUAGUUUUUAACAUUAUAUCCUUUUCUAAACCACAAAAACCCAGUUCAAAAUGCAAGGUAAA